AUGUCGCACCCUAUGGGCUACAUCCUGGAUCCUGAGCGCAUACCACCAGAGCUGGAGCCUUUCAAAGACAGGCUGAGUCCGAACUUCUACGAGGUCAGAAAGCGAAUCAUCGACUUCAUUAAGCAGGACAUUCUUCCAGCAAUGCCUGUCUAUGGUCAGCAGUACAGGGAGGAAGUGGCAAAGCUAAAAGAUCGCAAGCCUGCUUCGCCUCAUGAAGAUCCGGCCUACACACACCAUCCGGUUUGGGCAGCUUCGCCACCCAUCGCAGCGACCUUGAGGCAGAAGGCGCAGGAGCGGGGCUUGUACAACUUCUUCCUCCCUGAAGUUGGGAACCUUGGAGUGCUGGAGUACGCACCGAUCUGCGAGAUUUUGGGAGCUUUCGGGCUCUGCAAUGUGGCCAUGAACUGCACAGCCCCGGACACAGGCAACAUGGAAGUCCUCGAGAAGUAUGGCACACCUGAGCAGAAAAAGCAAUGGCUUGAGCCAUUGCUUGCAGGCACCAUUCGAAGUGCCUAUGCCAUGACUGAGCCGGGCGUUGCCAGCAGCGAUGCCACAAACAUCAGUGCGACCAUUCAGAGAGAUGGUGAUGAGUACGUGAUCAAUGGACACAAGUGGUACAUUAGUGGUGCGUGCAGACCGGAGUGUAAAAUAUUCAUUUUCCUGGGGCGAUCUGGGGGUGAUUCUACACAUAAGCAGCAUUCCAUGAUUCUGGUCCCACGUGAUGCCAAAGGUGUGCACAUCAUCCGUCCUUUGGGAUUGUUCGGGCACAUCCACGACCAUGCCGAGAUCGUUUUCGACAAUGUUCGAGUGCCCGUUGGAAACAUGCUCUUGGGAGAGGGCCGUGGCUUUGAGAUUGCACAGGGCCGCCUUGGCCCAGGUCGUAUCCAUCACUGCAUGCGUACGAUUGGCACGGCCGAGCAGGCGCUGGAUGCGAUUAUCCACAGAGUGCACAAGCGCGUGGCAUUUGGAAAGGCCCUGGCCAAUCAUGCAACCAUCCGCCAGUCCAUCGCUGAAGCACGGAUGGAAAUCACAAAGUCAAGGCUCUUGUGCUAUCUCGCAGCAGUCCAGGCGGACGAGCACGGCUUCAAGGAUGCUAAGGCCUUCAUUGCCAUGACUAAAGUGGAUGCCCCCAGAAUGUGUCAGAAGAUCAUUGACGAGGCCAUCCAGAUUCACGGUGCGCACGGCGUCAGUCAAGAUUCGCGUCUGACCGAUUUGUACCACCACGUGCGGCAUGUGCGGCUUGCUGAUGGCCCGGACAUUGUGCACUUGAACACCAUUGCCAAGGAGGAGCUGAAGCGUAAGUCCUCGGUUAUGGGCGAGAUGGUCAGUGGCAUUAACAAGAACAUCGACAAGUUCGGGAAGUUUGUGAACGUCGUGCCUGACACGAGAGCUCGGCUUUAG